AUGCUCUCACCUGUGGGGCGCCACACGCACCUGGGCUCCCCGCGCGCUUCAGCUCGGCCCCCACUGGCCCGGCUGGGAUUCCUGCACCUUCACAUCUGUCUUUUCCCUACGGCUGCUGCGGAUACAUCUGAAUGGCCUGAGCCUGCGGUGCCCUCCGUGAUUUCUCCCGAGUUGCCAUCUGCGUGCCAGGAGGGUUUGUGCCAUAAUGGAGGGACUUGUCAUCCUGCCUACCUGCCUACGGGGGCCAGGUCGUUCCGGUGCGACUGCCCGUUACACUUCACUGGCCGGUUCUGCGAGAAAGCUGGUGAAAAGAAUUUUGGAGAACAGUUUCUUCAUCUGUAUUUAGUGGAAGGCAGACCAACAGUUCGAUUCAGCUGUGGACAAUCUCAGAAUAUUCUGACUGUAUCCAUCAAUCAGUCCAUUAGCAAAGGUGUACUUACCCCUGUCACAAUAAGCUAUAUGUUGCCUGUUGGCAGUUCUGGAGGUUACUGUAUGAUAGAAAUGUCUGCAGAUGGAAAUCCUCCUGUACAACACAGACUCUCUCUGUCAUAUCAAGCAUCUCAGAUCACCUUUGGAUCAAUCUUCCUUGGAAAUGUUCCUGUUCAUGCAGAGGUUCAUCGGUGUGCUGGACAGAUACUUGGCUAUAAAGGAUGCGUUAGGGAUUUUCAAGUUAACAAUAAAGAAUUGUUCAUCAUCGAUGAGGCUCUUGGAGGAAGGAAUGUGGAGAACUGCAAUGUUCCCAUAUGUGAUUAUAAUCCAUGUCGCAAUGGUGGGACCUGCACUAGGUAA